CGUCAUGUCGGCCCAGAAGCGCGUCCGCGGCGUCACCGUCGCCCGCUCCAUCAUCUACGGCAACUCGACCGUCCUCCUCACCGAGGAGGAGCGCGCCGGCACCGACCACACGCACCGCUGGACCGUCGGCGUCCGCAGCGCCGCGGCGCCCGCCUUCCCGAACCCGCACCCGUCGCAGCAGAUUGGCGGCGCAGACGACCUCAGCUACAUGAUCAAGAAGGUGACGUUCAAGCUCUACGAGACGUACAAGAACCCGUUGCGCUCGAUCGAGCAGCCGCCGUUCGAGGUGACCGAGACGGGCUGGGGCGAGUUCGACAUCAUCAUCAAGAUCUUCUUCGUGCCCGAGGCCAAUGAGAAGCCGCUCACGUUCAGCCACCACCUCAAGCUUCACCCGUGGCCGGUCGACCCGAUCCUGUACGCCCAGCCGACCGCGACCGGCGAGCCGGGCAUGCCCGUCCCCGCCGAGGGCGAGGCGCCCCUCCCCGCGCCCGUCCUGAGUCCCGUCCACUCGUGGCAGUACGAGGAGCUCGUCUUUACCGAGCCGACCGAGUCGUUCUACGCGACCCUGCUCGAGCACGCGCCGACGCCGCUCCCGCCGACCAACCGCCACGCGCGCCUCCUCACGCACCCGUUGAGCGCAGGCGGCAACAUUGGCGAGUUCUCGCUCGAGAUGGAGACGGACGAGGGCAAGCGCAUCGACAAGGCGAGGGACAAGACGGUCGAGCAGAUCGAGGAGAUGCGGCGGCAGCUCGUCGCAUUCGAGCAGGAGCUCGGAGGCCUCAAGCGCGAGGUGGACGAGCUGCAGACGGCGCAGAGCACGCCUGCCCCUUCGGCCAUGGCGAAUUGA